AUGAAUGCAUACAUACUGUGCAUAACACUAACUGUAAUCGCGAGCACCGGGUGUUUGUGUGCCAUAACGCCGGACUGCAAGAACCACAAGCAGUCGGGACACGACUCGUUUGUGUGCGUUUGCACCGAAAGCCAACCGUGCGAUCGGAUCGUCGGCGCCGUCAAAACAGAGCCCAAUGUUGUCACCCGAUGGGAGUCCAGCCGAGACGGGGCCAGACUUCGCAAACAAAGCCUACACUUUAACAAACAAGUGAACAGUGAGGGCAACCCACUGGCCGCCCAGUUGCACAUUAAGGUAAACCGAGACUUAAAGCACCAGGAGAUAUUUGGCUUUGGCGGUGCGUUUACCGACUCGACCGGUAUUAAUAUCAAUAAAUUGGGCGACAAAUUGGGCGCUCAGGUGUUGGACGACUACUUCAGCAAAGAGGGCAUUGAGUACAAUGUCGGUCGUAUACCUAUUGGCGGCUCCGACUUCUCUCCCCGUCCCUACGCUCUCGACGACUCCGGCGAUGACCUGACGCUCAAGAAGUGGAAUCUGACCGCCGAAGACCUCCAGUAUAAGAUCCCAACCAUAUUGAAAGCGAAAGCGUUGGCCACACACGAGAUCAGACUGUUUGGCAGCCCCUGGUCUGCACCCAAAUGGAUGAAAACCAACAAUGACUUAGUGCACGGCGGAAGCAUUAAGGGUGAGGUGGGCUCCCAGUACUGGCAGACUUGGGCCAACUAUUUUGUCCAUUAUCUGAACGCAUAUAAGGCCCACAACAUCACUCAUUGGGGUAUAACCAUCCAAAACGAGCCGCGGGCUAACCAGAAGUUCAACUCAAUGCUCUACACACCGGAACAGAUGCGCGACUUUUUGGUCAAAACGCUGGGCCCAGAGCUGGAGCGCAGCGGUUGGGGUCCCGACAAACUCAAAGUUAUGAUUUUGGACCAUAACUUGGAUCUAAUCAAAGAGUGGGUUCGGGUUAUAUUCGCUGACGCGGGCGCCCGCAAGUACGCGGCCGGCACUGCCACCCAUUGGUACUCGAGUUCGCCGCACACCUAUCUGGACGAGCCUCACGCCCAGCACCCGGACAAGUUCAUACUGGCCACCGAGGCCUGUAUGGGUCCGCACGUGCGGCUCGGCCUCUGGCAAUUGGCCGAGAGAUACGCUUACGAUAUACUCGGAAGUCUACUGCACCACACUGUGGGCUGGACCGACUGGAAUAUGGUGUUGGACACCCAGGGAGGGCCCACAUGGGUCAGUAACUUUGUGGACGCGCCCAUAAUUGCCAACCCCGCCGGUCACGAGUACUACAGACAACCGUCGUUUUACGCGAUGGCGCACUUCAGUAAAUUCUUGCCGCCCGGCUCUGUGCGGGUCGACUCACCCACAGUCACACAACAGGGUAAUAAAGCUACUGCCGGUGCCUUUCGUACACCACACGGCUCUACAGUUGUGGUUGUGGUGAACAACGACGAGACAGACAUUGAGUUUACGUUAGAGGACACUACGGCCGGUAAACUGAGCGCUAAGAUUGACCGCAAAUCAAUUCAUACUUAUGUUUAUUACGAUUAA